ACACUACAAAGCAUAUGCUUGUGAAAAUAAGUGAAUAGUCUGAACUAUAUAUUCAAAACUGAUUCAGAUAAACUCCAAAGCAAUUUCUUCCCCAUUUAUCACUAGAAAUUAAAUAGUGGAAAAACAAAAAAUGGGGUCUGAAACCAAUCUUUGCCUUCCAGUCAUAGAUUUCUCUAGCAAAGAUCUAAAACCAGGGACUCCUGUGUGGGAGAGAGCGAAAUCCCAAGUCCGGCAAGCAGCUGAGGACUAUGGUUGCUUUGAGGCAUUAUUCAAAAAUAUUCCUCAAGAGCUUCGGAAGGCAAUGGAUGAAGCAUUGGAAGAGGUUUUUGCAUUACCCAUAGAAAACAAAAAACGUAAUGUUUCUGAAAAACCUUUCCAUGGUUACAUUGGAUCAUCUUCCCCAAUGUCUCUAUAUGAAAGCAUAGGGUUUGAUGAUCCUGACGAUUAUAAAGAGGUCGAGAGAUUCGCCAAUAUCAUGUGGCCUGAAGGAAAUACAAAUUUCAGCAAAACAGUGCACUGCUUCUCGAAAACAUUAUCAGAAUUAGAUCAAACCAUAAGGAGAAUGAUUGUGGAGAGCUUUGGUAUAGAGAAAUAUUUGGAGGAGCACAUGAACUCAACGUACAAUUUUCUCAGGGUGACCAAAUAUGAAGCACCCAAAACCACUGAGAAAAAGACAGGGCUAAGGGCUCACACAGACAAGAACACAACGAGCAUAUUAUACCAAAAUCAGACAGAUGGGUUAGAGGUUCAAACUAGAGAUGGUGAAUGGAUCAACGUGAAAUUCUCACCUUGCUCUUUCAUAGUCAUCGUUGGGGAAUCUCUGAGUGCAUGGACGAACGGGCGACUGCAUAGCCCACACCAUCGAGUUAUGAUGAGUGGCGAGAAGAAGAGGUACUCUGCUGUAUUGUUUACGGUGCCCAGGGACGGCUACGUAAUCAAAGCAGUAGAAGAGCUAGUGGAUGAAGAGCAUCCAUUGCAAUUUAAGCCUUUUGAAUAUUCUGAGUAUCUUAAGCUUCGUUCUGCAGAGAUUGGUAAAAGUUGUGAAUUGCCUUUAAAGGCUUAUUUCGGUGCCUGAACAUGUAAGAUAUUGUUGGAAGAUUGGUGACUGUUAAUUAUCUCUCUGUUGUAAAAUUGUGAUUCAAUAAAAGAUUGUUUGAAUUUUAAUAACUAGAAC